GUGGCAGUGCAGGGUCGGGUGGCCGUUUAUAAACGGCCUCCCCGCACCCUGCUUGUGCGCGCUCCUCCGGACACAGUGAAACACCGAUCGUCGGACGGGACCUCUGUACGAGGGUCCCGAUCAUGUGAUCACUGAUUGGCCAAUCAGUGAUCACUACGUGUGAAAUCUGUGGAUGAUCGCAGAGGUCACAUGGUACAGGGCUAUUCACAACAGGCUUGUACCAUGUGACAAGCUGUGACCAAUCACAGCUCACUCAGUAC